GCGCCGCCGCCGCCGCCGCCGCCGCCCGCUCCCGCCGCCGCCGCCGCCGCCGCGCCUCUGCUGCUCGCGUCCCCGCUGCAGUGCGAAGGGCUCGAAGAUGGCCGGGUGGCAGAGCUACGUGGACAACCUGAUGUGCGAUGGCUGCUGCCAGGAGGCCGCCAUUGUCGGCUACUGCGACGCCAAAUACGUGUGGGCCGCCACGGCCGGGGGCGUCUUCCAGAGCAUCACGCCGGUAGAAAUAGACAUGAUCGUAGGAAAAGACCGGGAAGGCUUCUUUACCAAUGGUUUGACUCUUGGCGCCAAGAAGUGCUCGGUGAUCAGAGAUAGCCUCUACGUGGACGGAGACUGCACAAUGGACAUCCGGACAAAGAGCCAAGGUGGGGAGCCCACAUACAACGUGGCCGUCGGCAGAGCUGGCAGAGUCUUGGUCUUUGUAAUGGGAAAAGAAGGGGUCCAUGGAGGCGGAUUGAAUAAGAAGGCAUACUCAAUGGCAAAAUACUUGAGAGACUCUGGGUUCUAGCUGCUAGGCAGACUGUUAAGUAUUAGGGGAAAACAAUUGCUCUUAAACUUUCCUAGCUGUAAGCUUGAGUCUUAAUUCUGGAAAUUUUAUUAGCAAUGCAGGGUGAUGGGGUAUGAACCUGUGUCUCCUUUGUACCCCUCUGUCGGUGGGGAAAGGUGUCUUUCUUUCUGCCCCCCUCCCCCUUUAAAUAAUUCUGUUCGCUUUUGUUUUGUUUCCCUGUGUACUCCAGCAUUGGUUAUAGUCAUGGGAAAGGAAGGUGUCCACGGAGGCACACUUAACAAGAAAGCAUAUGAACUCGCUUUAUACCUGAGGAGGUCUGAUGUGUAAGCAGCCUCUCCCCAGCUACCUAGCAACUGUCUUCAUCACCGCCCCAAUUCUGGUCACAGUGCUACCAGAGCUAGCUGGUAGUUCAUCUUUCUUUACCUGUUUUCUAAUGUCGCCACUCCUGUUUGCCCAAUGGAUCAUUUGUAUGUUAAUCACUGUAUGUAACCAACCUUUAUCUGGCAACAUAAUUGCAGCACAAUAAUGAUUUGCAUGAUACCUUGAAAUUUGGGGGGAGGGGGCAUGCCAAGUUGGGCAUCACUUUGUCUUAGCAAUUAAUGGGAUAUUGAUUACUAAAAUAAGUUAAUCUUAAGCAAGGUGCCGGUUGUACAAUCUCUGAUUUGAUCCGUGUCUUUUCAGCACUUUGAGCAUUCCUUAGCUCCCGUAGUCUUCCUUUGGUAGCGCAUGGUCGGGAGGAAACAGUGCAUGCAUCUCUCCUUCCCUCCUCUCCUCCCGCCCUCCCUCGGCACAUGAGGUGUUGUGUUGGCUUCCAUCUUCUUCAUGCAGUGCCUCGUUUAUUUCACUGAUGCGUUUCCCUUGCGUUGAGCUAUUGAGAAGGGCGGUAGUUUGCUUCUGGGAUUGUCGUUGCACUGGCAGUCUUGCCCCGUGUCCGGGACACGCAGAGUGCAACCGCACAACAAGGCGAAAGGCACUUCCUCCCCCGACAGUCGAAGCCCAGGGGCCACUCCAUCGUCGCCUCGCUGACUAUUGGUUCCUGUCCUUUCCUUUGCACACCAGCUCUGUUCUCUAGUCCAGUUGUACAAGGCUGCCAUUAUGGACAUUAGGUAUCCCAACAUAACCAUCUGGAGUGUGUCCAGUUUGUUCUUCAUAGGACCAAUUUUAUUUGCAGCUUGAGUUUUUUAUAUGAAGUUGCAUUAUUGUGGACUUGGCUGUCUUGUGAUAUUUUCUCCAUAUGUAUUCGGUGCCAUACUAUUGUUGAAAUGAACUGUUGCUAUUGUGAGAUGGAUUUUAACUGACCUACUCAAGGUUUCUGUCAAAUGGCACUACUUUAGGGACAUCCUAGUAUUUGCUUCUAUUGUUUGGGCCUUGUGGAUAAUGUACAGAUUUAAAAACAAAUCUUGUUGCUGAUUUGUCCAUUCUUUCCCUGCACUUUGUUACAUCUGGGAUACAGUCUAACUCAUCUGAUUUAAUAUGCAUUUAAAAAAAUGCCAUAACUAUUAAACACCUUGUUUACAGACAGAUGAAAUAAAUUUAUUCCAACCAAA